GUGCCGAUGCUGGCGUUGAGCGCCGCCCGCCGCCUGCUGCGCCCGCCGGGGCUCGCCUGCGCGCGAGCGGCCGGAGCACGCGGCUGCAGCUCGGACGGAGCGGGCCCGCGCAACCCGCUGGUGUAUCUGGACGUGGGCGCCGACAACCAGCCGCUGGGGCGCGUGGUGCUGGAGCUGAAAGCAGAUGUUGUUCCGAAGACAGCAGAGAACUUCAGAGCGCUUUGUACUGGUGAAAAAGGAUUUGGUUAUAAAGGAUCCACCUUUCACAGAGUUAUUCCUUCAUUUAUGUGCCAGGGUGGUGACUUUACAAACCAUAAUGGAACUGGAGGAAAAUCAAUUUAUGGCAGUAGAUUUCCGGAUGAAAACUUUGUACUUAAGCACGUAGGACCUGGUGUUCUCUCAAUGGCCAAUGCAGGACCCAACACAAACGGAUCUCAGUUCUUCAUCUGCACUGCAAAAACAGACUGGCUGGAUGGAAAACACGUUGUUUUUGGGCACGUAAAGGAAGGAAUGGAUGUUGUGAAAAAAAUUGAGAGCUUUGGUUCCAAGAAUGGAAAGCCUUCCAAAAAGAUUGUUAUUACUGACUGUGGCCAACUGUCAUAGCCUUUUGCUCUGCUGUUAAGGACAACUUCAAUGCUGUGAAGAAUGAAUCAUAAACAUUUCUGAUCCCAUGAGUAGCAAUAUGAAGCCAUAUUUUCUAUUUAACUUGGUCCUACUUUUAUACUUGUAUUGAAUAAUAUGAAUUAAAAGUGUAAAAUGUGUAUGAACUGAGGUAUUGUGGUAGUCACAGCCGUGCUGACUUGUCAGAGUCCUACUGUGUUCUGAAAGAAGUAGCACAGUCUGCCUGUCCUGCUGAUAACAUUCUUAAUAUGUGAGUGCUUUAGGUACUAGAGUUGGUGGUGGGGCUGAUAAUUCAGUGCUCUGUAACUGAGGGGUAAAUAAAAGCUAAAUUGUGAAAUA